AACCUGUUAAUGGUGGGUUUGUAAGAGAGGUGAUUAGCAAAAGAGAAGAAGACAUGGAUGAGCAGGCUUCGAUAGCGAAUAGCACAGAUGAUACAAUCGUUUGCUAUGCGCCUAGCAUGAUCACAACAAAUGGGGUGUGGCAAGGCGAUAACCCUCUUGAUUAUUCUCUCCCUCUCUUCAUCUUACAGUUAACAAUGGUGGUUGUGAUGACUCGCACUUUGGUUUUUCUCUUAAAACCCUUACGUCAACCUCGAGUCAUCUCUGAAAUUUUGGGCGGAGUGAUUUUGGGGCCUUCGGUUCUAGGGAGGAGUACAGAUUUUGCCAACACCGUAUUUCCUUUAAGAAGUGUAAUGGUGCUUGAAACAAUGGCCAACGUGGGGCUUCUCUACUUUUUGUUCUUGGUUGGUGUGGAGAUGGAUCUGUCAGUGAUUCGUAGAACUGGGUCGAAGGCAAUGGCAAUAGCUGUAGCAGGAAUGAUUCUUCCAUUCAGCAUAGGAGCUGCCUUUUCAUUCCAGUUGCACAAAACAGAUGAGGAAUUGAACAUCACUUACAUUAUGUUUCUUGGUAUUGCACUCUCCGUGACAGCUUUCCCAGUGCUAGCUAGAAUUCUUGCAGAGCUUAAACUGAUAAACUCAGAGAUUGGAAGGAUGGCUAUGGCCUCUGCCCUUUUCAAUGACAUGUGUGCUUGGGUUCUCUUAGCUAUAGCCAUAGCCUUAUCCGAGAAUGAUACCUCAUCUAUGGCUUCCUUAUGGGUUAUAUUGUCAAGUACAGGCUUUGUUUUGUUUUGUAUCUUCAUCGUUCGACCCUUGAUCUCGUGGAUGAUUCGAAAAACUCCAGAAGGGGAAAGUAUCAGUGAGUUCUAUAUAUGUUUGAUCCUCACAGGGGUUAUGAUCUCAGGGUUUGUUACAGAUGCCCUUGGAACACACUCGGUUUUUGGGGCUUUUGUGUUCGGGUUGGUUAUCCCAAAUGGAUCACUUGGGGUUGCUUUAAUUGAGAAACUUGAGGAUUUUGUUUCAGGGCUUCUUCUCCCUCUCUUCUUUGCAAUAAGUGGGCUUAAGACUAAUGUGAAUCGCAUAGAAGGAUCAACCUCUUGGGUAGCUAUUCUAUCAAUCACGCUCCUUGCUUUUGCUGGAAAAAUCAUUGGAACUCUCCUUGCUUCCAUUUGUUAUCAGAUGUCCUAUCGAGAAGGUGUCACCUUAGGCUUGCUUAUGAACACCAAAGGCCUUAUUGAAAUGAUCAUCCUCAACGUCGGAAAGGACCAAAAGGUGUUGGAUGAUAAAACGUUCACAGUUAUGGUGAUUGUAGCCCUCUUUAUGACUGGGAUAAUAACGCCUGUAGUUACCAUAAUCUAUAGGCCAACAAGAAGGUUUCUACCGUAUAAGAAACGAACAAUCCAAGCAUCGAAACCAGAUUCAGAGUUCAGAGUAUUAGUUUGCAUCCACACACCUCGAAAUGUGCCAACGAUCAUUAACCUUCUUGAUGCCUCAAACCCAACCAAAAGAUCCCCAAUUUGCAUUUACGUUCUACACUUGGUCGAACUCACAGGCCGAGCCUCUGCCAUGCUCAUUGUCCACAACACCAGAAAAUCAGGUCGCCCUGCCCUAAAUCGAACCCAAGCUCAAUCAGAUCACAUCAUCAAUGCAUUCGAGAACUACGAGCAACACGUCGAAUGCAUCUCAGUUCAGCCGCUCACAGCCAUUUCCCCCUACUCCACAAUGCACGAAGACAUCUGCAAUUUAGCCGAGGAUAAACGUGUGGCCUUCAUAAUCAUCCCAUUCCACAAGCAACAAACAGUGGAUGGAGGAAUGGAAGCCACAAAUCCAGCGUUUAGAUUGGUAAACCAAAAUGUGUUAGCCAAUGCCCCUUGUUCCGUCGGAAUCCUAGUGGAUCGAGGCUUAAACGGCUCGAAUCGAGUCGCAUCGAACAAGGAAUGUCACUAUAACAUAACCAUGUUGUUCUUCGGUGGACAAGACGAUAGAGAAGCCCUAUCAUACGCAUGGAGAAUGUCAGAACAUCCGCGAGUAAGCUUAACCGUAAUGCGAUUCAUCGCUGGAGAAGAAGCAUCAGAACCAAACCAAGAAGAUAACACACCAAUAGCUUCAACUACAGAAACAGACGCCGACAGAGAGAGGAAACUGGACGAAGAACUCAUAAAGGAAUUCAGAACAAAAAGCUCAAAUAACGAUUCAAUAUCUUACAACGAGAAAGUCUCGAACAACGGCGAGGAGACAGUAGCAGGCAUACGAACAAUGGAUGAUACUCACGACCUGUACAUCGUGGGGAGAGGAGAAUCUCACAUAUCGCCUCUCACCGCGGGACUCACAGACUGGAGCGAAUGUCCAGAGCUUGGAGCAAUCGGCGAUUUGUUAGCUUCGUCGGAUUUUGCAGCGACGACUUCAGUUUUGGUAGUGCAACAGUUCGGAGCAGCAAUGGUGGGGGAUCAUGGAGACGAAGAAGAUCCAAACGAGCCCUUCCAAAGCUUGAGAUCCACGAAUUUGCGGCCACAUCCUCCAUCAGAACCUCAAAAUAUGUACAGUACAUGAUCAUUGCAUUACAGAAUCAGA